AUGGCUACUGCUGAAGUUCCUGCAAGGGUGCAUGAUCGAAAUGGACGCCGUCGCCCGUUCUCCAGCUGGAUGAAGCGCCUGGCGAAUCUCAAAAGCUCCUCUGAUUCAACGUCAAACCGCUGGUCUAACAAGCGUCACUUGAAUAAUAAAAGCAAGAAGAGCGAUCAAGGCAACAAUCCUUACCCCCUCUCCGGAACGAUCAAUCGUCACACAGGCAACCAAACACCCACCGACUCGUACACAGAUCAAAACUAUGGCUCAGAAUGUCGCUCACAAGGUGGAUCCUCCAUGGUCUUAUCGAAUUAUGACAAUCCGGCUCCUAUGACCAGUGCGAAAUCGAAUGCGCCAACGAUUUCGACCAACGGUGACACCACCUUUUCCGAAGCCGCCUACUCCAAGGCUGGCACUUUGGCAACUGGCACUGAAGGUCAGGGUGGGGGAGAAGGUAGCACUUUCUCAUCGCCCGCACCCUCGGUUCGAUCGUUGACAACGACCUUGACCACGGUACACUCGGCUGCACCUUCAACUCAGUUGUACAACACGUACCCCAAUCACCAUGGACACCAAAAUGGCAGCUCGACAAAUGGAUCUACGAGCCAGCAAGUUCAAUUCUCACACCAAUUUCCCUCAACUUCGUCGCCCGCCACGGCAGUACCUUCGCAUCUGGUACCCAGCCAUUCAAUGACUUACAGCACCGCAACCGCAAACAAUGUCUUGACUGAUAAUGCUUCCCUCCUUACUCUCGCAAGUUCUUCCAAGAGACGUCGCCGCAACUCCCUCGAUACCAAUGCAUCUGUUCGGGGGUUGGCCCCGUCCUCGGUAUUUGGCGGGAGUCGCGAAAGUCUUCCACUGAGUGUUUUGAGCGGAAACACGAAUGACGCAUCCAACGCAUCUAUAUUCAAUGCAUCGGGUGUUCUGAGUCGGCCAAGCAUUGUUGGACUUGCCAGUGCAGAGCGCAUUAGCGUUUAUUCAGCCUCUGGCGCUACCCCACUAGCCACCAGCACCGAGCGCACCGGCUUCUACACUACCAAGCAGACAGCCAGUGGUGACGGGGCCAGUAUACGCAGUGGUGUGCAAUCGCACAGUCGAAAUGACAGUACUGCUGCCAGCAUUAUCGGUGGUGUUAGCUCUCCAUUAGCCCUCAAUGGUCGCAUGAGCCGCCGAAGCUCCGGCUGGGGAGAAAUCACUGGCGAAGAGGAUAACAACGAAGAUAGGCGGACCGAGAUGAAGGAGGAAGAUGAACCAUCAACCGAAGAUGAGAAUGGCGCUGAUGAGCAACAGAAGAAAUGA